GUGGCGACCUUUCAACUCGCGUAUUAUUCGUUCGCGCUUGGAGACGUGGUCGUGUUUUUUCCUGCAUUCGAGCAGUUUCCCCUGUGCGAAGAGGCAUCGGCUCGUGCAGCCACCGAAUGGAUACUUGAUAUGUGCAAUGGCCUACAAGCACCGCGAAGAGAUCGUGGGCAAACGAUUUCUGUGUGUGAGCGGUCGAGGCAAACUUUCCAAGGUAUCCGAGUGGGAUUGGAGGGCCGGGAUAAUCCGUGCAGCGUCGCACAAGGACCCCAAGCACCCGGAGCUCUCUGUGCUGGUGGAGUUUGACAGCUUGGACUGGAAGCGCCGCGAGUGGAUCCGCGUGUACGAGGACCGCUUCUCGGUGUUUCUCGUCGAGGAGACCCUAGCGUGGCACGUCCGGAACUCGGGCGACUCUGCCGUCCCGGCGCUGAAUUACAACUGUUUCGUCGACCGGCUGGGCCUGUGGGACCGCGCCGCCAAGCCUAUCGAGUACCUGUGUGACCGGCAGUUGGAAUUCGUGGACUACGCCGAGCUCAGGAUCUACCAGGAGCGCGAUGUGGACGUGGAGGCGUGCUGCCUGGAGCAGGGCGAGGCCCGUCGCGCUGUGAAGCGCUGGGUGGAGUUCCAGGACGGCCAGCGGAUCCUGGUGACGACGCCGUCGGUGCUGGUCGGCUACCGCGUCCAGGUGUACCGCGCCGAAGGGACGACCCAGUGGUACACGGCCGUCAUCAUCUCGUACAACGAGACGACGCGGGAGCUGACGGUGACCGACGACACAGUGCUCGAGGAGCACAAUGAAGACCCCUGCCUGGUGCAGAUGAGGCUGAUCGGCGACGGGGUAGUCGAGUCCAUUCUGAAGGGAGAGAACGUCGGGAUUACGCCUCGCCGCAGAACGUGCACGCUCAACGCCGCCGGCCCGCUAAAAGCAAGCCACUACACUCGAGUUCGCCACGUCGGCCAAGCCGCCAACCAGACGCCCUGUUCAGCUUCGCCAUCGUCUGCGAGCAGCAGUCCGCGGCGCUGUCGCGUCAAGGCGGAACCAGCCCCCGAACCGGCGGUCCCGGAAGACACCAAAGGUGAGCGACGACGAAAGGCGUCUUCCCGCAAGUGCACCCGCGAAGAGGAACUUGGCAAGAAAAGUCCCCCGAGGGCAGAGACUGCCCCCUUAGCUGCGCCCCAAGAGCAGCAGCCUGCAGUCGGCGCGGAGGAGCCCAGGCGGGGCAGCGACGAAUGUCCCCUGAGUAGCCCGCAGCGCAGCCCCCAAGAGGCGAGCGAGCGUUCCGAUGACGGUGGCCGGGAAGGCCCCCCACGGCCCCCCGCUGGCACGCCGCCGACGAUGCGCAGUAGUGCGGGUCCCGUAAGUGCCAAGCCAAGUACCCGUGCGGAGGACGUGCGCGUGUACCGCGACCCGAGCUUGGUGAGCAGCGUAAGCCACUUGGACUCGGUGCAGCACUCUCGCCUGAUGCAGCAGCAGCCGCCGCCGGGCCUGUACCCGCCCCGGGGCGGAGGGGCAGAGGGUGCGCGGCCGGGGCAGCCCGGCAGCCACCUCAUGGCGUACGGGCUGCAGUCGGGCUCGCCCGUGGUGACACCGCCCCACGUGGACCCCAUGAGUAACCCCCUGGCCUACCAGCAGCUGCUCAUGUCGGCCGCCAGCAGUCAGGGCCAGUACCUGGACGUGCUGUGGAGCCAGAAGAUGGCAGCCAUGCCCCCGUCCAACAGCCAGGCCUGGGCCAUGGCCCAGUUUCAGGAGGACUUCCGCCUCAACCGGGAGAGGCAUUCCAUCAUGGAGAGGGAGCGGAGAGAGGAGGAGGAGAAGCGGGAGAAAAGCGAGUUACUGGAGCGCGAGAAGGCUGAAAAAGAGCGGCAGGAGCGACACAAGAAGGAAGAGCAGGAACGUGUCCAGCGAGAAGCCGUGCAGCAGCACUUUGAGGAGUCCCUGCGUUUGGCUAGUCAAAAGAGGGCAGGCUGGAGCCCCAUUGCCAGCUUACCCUAUUCCAAGGCUGCUGUCAACACUUCGAGCAGCUCAGUCAUCACCCAGUCUGAAAAGCAGCGGGAAAAACAGGAGCUGGAUCAUCAUCAUGAAAAGUAUUCCGUGGAAGCCCGCAUGAGACAGGCGACGGACCAGGAGAGGUGGAUGUCAAUGGUUCAGCAGCAGCAGCAAAGGUUGGACCUGCAAGGGCAGGUCCCAGCCCAUCAUCGGUUGUCGCAUGCUGAGCAGCCAAAGCUGGAGAUCCUUGCCCGCUCUUCGCCAAAGACCAACCAUAUGCUGGCUGGCUCAAACUUGCCAUCCAAGGUGGGCAGCCCUGCCGUGCCGUCAACUUGUUCGGUCACUGUGGCCAGCUCGAAGGGUGAACCCAGCUUCAACCUCUACGGCUACCAGCCUUCACAGCCCAUGUACAUAACCCAAGCCCAGCUCAAAGCGCGAGAGGAAUCCAAGUCACAUCAUAGUCAAUCCAGUGGGAACCGCCAGCCCCUUGUUUCCUCCCCCUUGCCAAGGAUGGAGAAGGACGUGCGCUACGACCGUUCCUCCACGCCAGGUGGGCAGAGGGGAAGUCCCAAGCCCCCCGUCAAGGACCGGAUCAGUCCGGCCAUGUCAACCCCAGGGACUUUUCGGCCGUACGAGUACAACUCAGCAGGCCCCGCCCCCGCGCACCAGGGCUCCCUGUCGAGGAGUUCAUCCAGUUUUCCCCAAGAAGAACCCCAGAACCUGGUCAAGUGCUCGCGAUCCAGGCAGGACUCUCCUCUCAGCACCCCGUCACCUGGUUCGGCUAGCAGUUAUGGCAGCCAGUCAACAAAAUCAUCUCAACCUUACACCAACCAGUUAAUUCUGCAGGGCCUGGUGCCGAACCCCAUCUACACGCCCCAGACAACGCAGGCUUCGAAGCUGCUUCCCCCCGGCAUGUCACCUGGGCCCAGCCAACCUCAGGGUUCAGUGCAGUACCUGAGAAGUAUCCAAGGCAUUACGACCGGCACGCCAGUGUGUCGGCCGGCACAGCAUCCGGACCCCAAGCUGGCGUUCAGCUCGUCCCUGCAGAGCCCAUACCGGCCUCUGCCCCAGUCGCGCUCGCCCUCGACACACCUCACGGCCAGUUCCACGCCUCCGCGACUGACUCCUCCCUCGCCGCAGCCGCUCAACCUCCAGCAGGGGGGCCUGUCUCCUAGUGGGGUCAGGCGGAAGAGCAGCAAGGAGGCCCAAGUCCUCAAGCUUCCCAAGACGGAGGGAAGCCCUUCACCCAUUCCGUGUUCAGUGCCUGGCCUGAUUUCGACGCCGCCAGCUGGUACGGUUGCUCCAGAAGGCACAGCUCCCUUGAUUACAAGUGCAGCGACAACUCCUGUUUUAUUAAUGGCAACAAAGACUCCUACCCAGCAAGACACCUUCCGGCCGUUUGCCGCUGCACAGCAACAACAGCAGCAGCAGCAGCAGCAGCAGCAACUACCGCAGCCAUCAUCACAGCCUCAGCAACAAUCUGCUCAGCAACAACAGCAACCUUUGCAGCAGUCGACGAGUCAGGAUAGCUAUCAGACAUUCUACAAAAAGGGGAGGACUAAGGCGAGGCCUCCCAAUGCUCCUUCUCCUGCUUCGGGCGAAGACAGCAAACCUGGAAGCCUUGGUGGCUCCUCCUCCAUAGUCCACGAGUCCGACUCUGACACGCGUGUGACCCCAAGCCCAGCCCCUAGCACGUGCACCACUAUCAGCAACAGUAGCAGCAACCAUACGAAGCUAAAGAAGGCCUGGCUUCAGCGUCACUCUGAGAUUGAAGACAAGAAGGCCCCGGAAGGAGAGGUACGCACAGAAACCAGCAGUGCUAACGUAUCUCCUGUCAAACUGGAACCAGUGUCUGUUAAGGUCCCAGUGAAUGGACAUGACACAGAGGCAAGUGGCUCGGUUAGGGAUGAUUGCAGUUCUAGUUCAGCAUCGGAGGCGGAGAAACCAGCUGUGAGUCGCAAGACGCGGGUCUCUCGUAAGCGGGGUGCCGCAGGGAGAGACAAGGCCGGACCGAAGCGGCAACGAGCAAAUAGUGAGAGCAAUAGCGAUGCUGCACCAGAAGAGGCAUCUCCGAAAAAGGAAGAAAAGCAGGAGACCAUUUCACGUCGCCGGGGCAGGAGACCCAAGGGCACGAAGCAGGAACCUGCAGAGGAGGUGGCUGCAGUCCCUCGGAAAAAGCAAGCACGAUCGGCAGAGAAACCUACCAUAGCCCAGCUGAAGAAGUCUGGAAAGCCUUUCCUACAGGAUGGUUCCUGCUAUGACGUGGCACCCAAGCUCCCCAAGUGUAGGGAGUGUAGAAUGACACCUAAUCAAAGAAAUAAGAAGAUGCCAAAUAUAUUCUGCCGUUUCUACGCUUUCAGGAAACUACGUUACGGGAAGAAUGGCACGGUGCUGAGUGGUGGUUUUUCGGAGCCAAGCGACGCAUCCGAAGACGACCUGAAGUUGUGGUUGCCUCCGUUGGAACACACUCCCAAGGACUUGGACGUUACCACUGCUAAAAUCAUUUUGUCCCACGUGGGCGACCAGUUUUGUGAUCUGGUGGAGCAAGAGCGCGAAGCGCAGUCUCUACACAUGGGUGAUGACAAGACUGUCUCGUGGAAGCGAGUAGUGCAGGGUGUGCGUGAAAUGUGUGAUGUUUGUGAAACAACUCUCUUCAACAUUCAUUGGGUAUGCCACAAGUGUGGCUUUGUGGUGUGUAUAGACUGUUACAAGGCUAAGAAGAAUGGCACUUUGAAAGCUGAGGAGACGCCCCCGAAGGACAGGGAUGAGUUUCAGUGGCUUUUGUGUGCCAACCGGCAGCCACACGAACAGGACAAACUUAUGAUGACCCAGAUAAUUGCGGGCAGUGCGCUCUGGGACGUCGGCCAGGACCUGCAUCGGAUCCGACAUGAGUGGAACAUUCCAGCCUACUGCGGCUGCGGCACGUGCAGCCUCGAAGACGACUGCAAGAAGAACCCCUCUUCCAACGGAGUCUGCAAGCAACUGAUGAGUGCCGUCAGCAAAUGCUUCUCUUCGGACAAGGAGGGCAGCACACUGAACGGAGAAACUGCUCGAACAGGCAAGCGCAAGAAAAACCCUGUGAACGGGGUGAACAACAGCUCGUCGGAUGAAGUGGGCGGCAGCUACAGCUCGGACAGUGGAGGCUCUCCGCUCUCUGUGCUAGCAGACGUGGCCCUCAACUCGUCUGGCAAGAUGGAGGGUGGCGGCAAGGGUGCUGAGGAAGAGGACGAGAAGGGUGACGAUUUCUCAACGCUGCGCGAGCUGCUGAUUCGUCCCACUGGCGGUAACAGCAAGAAGAGCAGCGUGGAGGAGGUGGUCACGACAGUGAUAGCCCAGACUGUGGCUAAGAAGGAGGAGGAGCAACAGCUUUUGCACUUCUGCCGCCGGUUCCCCAAUUCCCAGGCGGGUCGGGACGCCCUGCCUGUGCGUGUGUGCACGCUAGCCGAGAGUUCGCUGCUCUACCCCAAGGUUCCCCACUCGUGGCUCUGCAACGGCAAGCUGCUGGUGCUACACGAACCCCGCAACAAGAACAACUUGCUCGUCUUCCAAGAGCAGUGGAAGAGGGGCCAGCCUGUGCUGGUGACGGACGUCUGCAAGAGCCUCAACAUGUCGCUGUGGCAUCCCGACGGUUUCUGCCGAGACUUCGGCGACAUACGGAAUGACCUUGUGAACUGCCGCACGGGCAACAUCCUACCAAACCAGCCCAUGCGCAAGUUCUGGGAGGGCUUUGAAAACUUCAGCAAGCGCAUGAAGGACGACGAUGGGGAGUACAUGCUCUUGAAGCUCAAGGACUGGCCGCCUGGCGACGAUUUCAGCGACAUGCUUCCCAGCCGAUUCAGUGAUCUCAUGAAGGUGCUACCUCUACCAGAGUACACCCACAGGGACGGCGUGUUCAACCUGGCUGGACGGCUGCCCGAGUGUUUCGUCAGGCCGGACCUGGGGCCAAAGAUGUACAAUGCCUAUGGAUCGGCUCUCUACCCUACCAAGGGCACCACCAACCUUCAUUUGGACGUCAGCGAUGCUGUGAACGUGAUGGUGUAUGUGGGCAUUCCUAAAGAUGGAAAGGACGAGGACCACAUCAACGAGGCUUUGAAGGCUAUCGAUGACGGGGCAUGCGAUUCGUUGACAAGAAAGCGGGUCCGGGAAAAAAAUGCCAAGCCUGGUGCCUUGUGGCACAUCUACAAUGCUAGGGAUGCUGACAAGAUCAGAGACCUCCUGAAUAAGGUGGCUGUGGAGAGAGGUGAGAAGUUGGAACCCCACCACGACCCCAUUCAUGACCAGAGCUGGUAUUUGGAUCAAGAGCUCCGGGAGCGCCUGUUUCGAGAAUAUGCUGUGGAAGGCUAUGCCAUUGCCCAGUGCCUCGGAGAAGCGGUGUUCAUUCCAGCUGGUGCUCCCCAUCAGGUGCGGAACUUGCACAGUUGCAUCAAGGUGGCCGAAGACUUUGUCUCCCCCGAAAACAUUGCUCACUGCUUCAGCCUAACAAAUGAGUUCCGGCAGCUGUCCGACACCCACACGAACCAUGAGGACAAACUGCAGAUCAAGAAUGUGAUCUACCAUGCUGUGAAAGACGCCUUGGUGAUUCUCCGGGCAAAUUCUUCUUCUAACCUCAGCAAGAAAUGAAGAGUGUGUGCCAUAGGCAGAGGAACCCCCAGAUGUGUUAAUCCCUCAAGUGAUCUUUGGCCUGCGCUGCCUUGGACGCAUAUGGCAGGUUCUUGGCUUGCCCACCGAUUGUGUUUUGCGCCAUCUCUCACUUCUAGUUUUUUGUGUAUUUGUGAAUGGACUUUUUUGCUUUUUUUUUUAAUCGGUGCAUGUAUGGAAGGAUCCAUUGUGUGUUUUGAGGUGUCUUGUAUUAUAAGCAAUUGAUUUUGAGUUGUUGCUAGCUGCAGAGACUUGCUUCCCUUCCUGUUACUUGAUCUGGGGCCAGCUGUACACGGUGUUUUGUAAAUGGAAUUGGAUCAAACGUCUGUGUGCCGACAGCUGUUAUUUAUGUUGUAGUCUGAUUGAGACACUCCUGCCCCGGUAAGUGCUGCAUUUUUCAGGACUGCGUGCUUCAAGUAUGAUUACAAUAAACAAAGCAGGCGAAAUGGUCACUGUUGCCAUGUAAAAUAAUAGUGUUGUACUUAUAUACAUAAAUAUAUAUAUAUAUAUUUACCUAUAAAUAUAUAUAUAUACAUGAUAUAGCUGUGAGUAGUCAGCUUGCGAUUUGCUGUCGUUCCUUUUCCAUUGUUUUUCACAAUCACCAUCUCAUCGGUAUAGUCAACCGUUUCAAAUUCCAUUGAUUAACAUUAUCUUUAGAACUCAAGGUAGCAUUGAGUUUGUACUUGUACAUAUUUCAUAGCAAUAUUUUUAUAUUGAAAAUGUCAUUGCCUGUAAAACCAGUCUAUAUAAAAAUUCACUGUUUUUAUUUGAAAGUGUAUGGCUGAUGUUAAUGGUUCUUAUUAAAGUGUUCAUUUGAAAGCCUGC